UCUGAUUGGUCGCCCGGGCCGGAGUCCUCUUGGAGGAUUUCAAACCGGGCGUGUGUCCGGGAGCAGCUCAGUCCCGAGGCUCCACCGAGCCGACCCGCCCGGCUCCUGCGCGGCUUCCUGCGGCUUCUCCGUGCGGAGGGAGCGAUGUCCGGAGGACCCGGGACCAGGACCCGGUAGACGAGCCCCCGGUAAUCCGUUUAAAGCCCGCAGCUUUCUCUAUUGACGGGAUUGGAGCUCCGGUUGUUUCCGGAACACGUUCAGUUUUAAUCUUCAAACAGAGCCGGUGCGCGCUCUGGUUCCCAUCUCACUCACAUUGUGUGUCCGUUACCGGCCCGGUGGAGGCGGGCACCCCGUUACCGACGCGUCGUGGACAAUGUGCUCUCAUCUCUACACAGUCCCGCAGCUCGGGCUCGGACACAUUUAGUUUAAUUCCGUUAUUUCCAAGUCGCCGUUUCUGAGACUCGAACCCGCGACGUCAUGGCGAAGAACGCGUCCGAGGGGCCGCAGGAAGACCUGAGCCCGCUGGCCGACGACGAGGCGCUGCGCUGCGGCCGAGAGGAGCUGCUGCGCCGGCUGCGCAGGGUGGACGGGGAGAAGAUGAGCCUGAUGAUGGAGCACGGCAACAUGAUGAAGGACGUCAACCGGCGGCUGCAGACGCACCUGCACGAGAUCCGCAACCUGAAGGAGGUCAACCAGAAGCUGCAGGACGACAACCACGAGCUGCGGGAGCUCUGCUGCUUCCUGGACGACGACCGGCAGAAGGGCAAGAAGCUGUCCCGCGAGUGGCAGCGCUUCGGCCGGCACACCGCCGGCGCCAUGUGGAAGGAGGUGGGCGCCUACAUGAUGAAGCUGAAGGAGCUGGAGGCCAGCCAGGACGCCGUGCUGACGGAGAACUCCGAGCUCAAGGAGAUCAUCCUCAUGCUGGACGAGGAGCGCAGCGGCGCGGGCUCCCGGAGCUCCAUCGACAGCCAGUCCAGCCUCACCGGCCACGGCGGCCCGGUGCGGGACGUGGGGGACGGGAGCAGCACGUCCAGCGCGGGCAGCGCCGGGAGCCCGGACCACCACAACCACGUGAACCACCUGCACAAGCCCAGCUCGGAGAGCGCGAAGCCGGGCUCCACCACCAGGAGGUCCAUGGACGACCUGUCGGCGCCGCAGCACCACAGGAGCAUCCCCAAUGGAAUCAAUGAAGAGCCCUCAUGUCUGCGUGGCGUGGGAUCCUAAAUCGAUAAGACCUGAAGGCUGGGGGCCCAAAGGAGGAUCUGAGCCUCGCUGAGAGCACACGGGCGAUGACUCGCUCAGUUUGGCAAAUCACGUAAAGUUCAUCGUUACCGUUUUGAUCCUGGUUCACACGGACAGGAGGUCCAGGCGUCACGCGGGUCACGUGUUCUCAUCACGCUCACACGCCGUCGGCUGAGUCUGAAGCGUGGAAACGAGACGAGCCUCGACCACCAACACCAGAGUGUCUGCCAGAGUUUAUCGUUAUGUAACAUGAAUGUUGUGUCGGCAGCGACGCAGCACCUCCUCUCACGUGUGUGACAUCAUGUGUGUGACAUCAUGUGUGACAUGUGACAUCAUGUGUGUGACAUCGUAUGUGUGACAUCGUGUGACUGACAUUGUGUGUGUGACAUCAUGUGUGGAAAAAAAUUCCUCGUUUGUGUAAACAUUCCUGGCAAUAAACGGAUUCUG